AUGAAAUUUGGGCAUCGUAGAUGGAUGUAUGAUAGGAAUCAUCCGAAUCGUACGGGGUUGCGGGAUGAAUUUAUAGAAGGUGUUGCUAGCUUUAUUGCCAAGGCAAAGGCACUUGAUGAUUUCCUUAUCGAAGAGACGAUUAGGUGCUCCUGUGUGAAAUGCAAGUGUCUUAAGUUAUUGGAGCCCAAUAUUGUUAUUUUUCAUUUGUAUAAGAAUGGAUUUGUAAAAAAUUACUAUGUGUGGACUGUGCAUGGGGAGAGUCUUGCUAGUGUAGAUGAUGUUCAUUUUCAGAACUCAUCAGGUGGUGAAGAAGGUAGUUCCAUAGCGGAGAAUAUUAAUAUCGAAAAUUCUAGAUUUAAUGAAAUGAUAAGGGAUGCUUUUGAGAUGUUCCAUGGGGCUCAAUCCGAACCAAAUGAUGAGGCUAAGAGCUUUUUCACGCAGUUAGAGAAAGCUAUUUGUCCGCUUUAUGAAGCCACAACAAAUUUCAAGUUGUCUGUUGCAGUUAGAUUACUAAGUAAUAAAUUAGAUAAUUCUAUUUCUCAAGCGGGGAUGGAUUCUAUCAUUGACCUUAUGAAUGAACUUAAUCCGACCAAGAUUAACUUGCCUAAAGAUUUUUACACGGUAAAGAAAUUGGUUUUUAAGUUGGAUCUUUCAUCGGAGAGGAUUGAUUGUUGUGAGAAAGGUUGCAUGUUAUUCUAUAAGGAUCAUGAAGCUUUAGAAAAUUACAAAUUGUGUAACCAGCCGCGUUACAAAGAAGUCACAAAUUCUAAACAGAAGAAGGUUCCAGUGAAGGCGAUGCACUACUUACCCCUUAUACCAAGGUUAAAAAGGUUGCAUGCAUCAUUGAGUUUUGCUCCUCAUAUGAGAUGA